AUGGGAGCGUGUUGCAGUUGCCUAAACGAGUCGUCUGACGACGCAAGCGUCUUGCCAAUUGCUGACAACGAACGUGAGGCGGUAACAUCUCUGCUGGGAUACUUGGAAGAUAAAGAUAGAUUUGAUUUCUAUACAGGGGGUCCGCUAAAGGCUUUGACGACUUUGGUGUACUCGGACAAUUUGAAUUUGCAGCGCAGCGCGGCGUUAGCGUUCGCAGAGAUAACGGAAAAAUAUGUGAGACCUGUAAGCCGGGAAGUACUAGAACCCAUUCUUAUACUUUUGCAAAGUAACGAUCCACAGAUACAAGUUGCAGCUUGCGCAGCGUUGGGCAACCUCGCGGUGAACAAUGAAAAUAAGAUUCUCAUCGUGGACAUGGGAGGUUUGGAACCGCUAAUCAACCAAAUGAUGAGCAGUAACGUUGAGGUUCAGUGCAAUGCAGUCGGAUGUAUCACGAAUUUGGCCACGCAGGACGAUAACAAAGCCAAGAUAGCGAGGUCCGGCGCGCUGGUUCCUCUCACAAAGCUUGCUAAAUCUAAGAAUAUCAGAGUGCAGCGUAACGCUACGGGUGCGCUUUUAAACAUGACGCAUUCUGGGGAAAACAGAAAAGAGCUUGUUAACGCGGGGGCUGUCCCAGUUCUCGUUGCGUUGUUGUCCUCCACUGACGCUGACGUUCAAUACUAUUGUACCACAGCCCUGUCGAACAUUGCAGUGGACGAAUCUAAUCGAAAGAAACUGUCGCAAACAGAACCUAGGCUGGUAUCAAAACUCGUUGCGCUAAUGGAUUCUCCGUCUGCGAGGGUCAAGUGUCAAGCAACGUUAGCACUCCGUAAUUUAGCCUCUGACACUGGUUACCAAUUGGAAAUCGUUCGUGCCGGUGGUUUGCCACACUUGGUCAAACUAAUCCAGAGUGACUCUAUGCCUUUGGUUCUGGCAAGUGUCGCUUGUAUCAGAAACAUAUCUAUCCAUCCACUAAAUGAGGGUCUAAUCGUUGAUGCUGGUUUCCUCAAGCCAUUGGUUAAACUAUUAGAUUACAAAAACUCUGAAGAAAUCCAGUGCCACGCUGUUUCCACGUUGAGAAACUUAGCUGCCUCUUCUGAGAAGAACAGGCAGGAAUUUUUCGAAAGCGGUGCUGUUGAGAAGUGCAAGGAAUUGGCCUUGGACUCUCCAAUCAGUGUUCAAAGUGAAAUCUCGGCAUGCUUCGCAAUCCUGGCAUUGGCUGACAGUUCUAAGUUGGAACUAUUGGAUUGUAACAUUCUAGAAGCACUUAUCCCUAUGACUUUUUCGACUAAUCAAGAAGUGUCAGGGAACGCUGCUGCUGCUUUAGCCAACUUGUGCUCAAGGAUAAGCAAUUACUCGAAAAUCAUUGAAUCUUGGAACUCCCCUGGAGAUGGCGUACGCGGCUUUUUGUUAAGAUUUUUGCAGAGCGAAUAUCCAACCUUUGAGCACAUUGCAUUGUGGACCAUUUUGCAAUUGCUAGAAAGCCACGAUGAAACUAUUCUCAAACUGAUUAAGGAAAACAAAGAAAUUGUAAGAUGCAUAAAGAAAUUAUCGGAUAUCAACUAUGAGACCGCGCAAAGAGCUUCGGCAGCAAUGAACUCAACCUCCGCAUCAGGUUCUGGUAAUGCUGAGCAAUACGAUGAUGCAAGCUUGGAGCUUUACAACAUAACUCAGCAAAUCAUUCAAUUUUUAAAUUGA